AUGAUUCUCCGGUUCGUGAGCAAAGAGGGCCAGUUCCGUCUCACCGUCGAGCCCACGACCACCUUCCCAGAGAUCCUGCCUCAGGUGGCGGAAAAGCUGCCGAAGAACGUCGACCUUGCGAGUGUCGCUGUCAGCAAUAAGCCCCAAGGAGGAGAUGCCAGGAAAGUGGCGUCGCUGAAGGGCGUGAGCUUCGAGCAGGUCGGGCUAUUACACGGCGCGCAGCUCUUUCUGACUUUCGACGAGCAGUCGGCGACAUCGAAUGGCACACUUGCAGCUCCAGCAGGAGCGGCCCGCCUGAAUGGCAAGGCCGUCGAGCAGUCCGACAUGCCCGCGGUGCCCCUCGGCGGACCCACACAGCUGAUCAAGAACCCGUGGGAGGUGGUCAAGCAGUCCCCGCUCGACGAUCGCCUCGACAAGCUGGAUGGCAAGGUCGCCCGGAAGCGCGACGUGCGGAUGUGCACCCACGGACCCAAGGGCAUGUGCGACUACUGCAUGCCGCUAGAGCCCUACGACACAGGCUACCUUGCCGAGAGGAAGAUCAAGCACCUCUCGUUCCACUCGUACCUGCGCAAGGUCAACUCUGCAAAGAAUAGGCCAGAGCUUGGCAGCUCGUAUAUUCCGCCGCUCAACGAACCAUACUACCGCGUGCGGCCAGACUGCCCAUCAGGCCACAAGCCGUUCCCUGACGGCAUCUGCACAAAGUGCCAGCCCAGCGCCAUUUCGCUCAAGCCACAAGAUUACCGCAUGGUCGAUCACGUCGAGUUCGCGUCGAUACAAGUCGUUGACGAUCUGAUCAACUUCUGGAGAAACACAGGGUGUCAGCGACUGGGCUUCUUGUACGGUCGCUACGAGGAGUACACCGAGGUGCCGCUGGGCACGAAGGCUGUCGUCGAGACCAUAUACGAGCCGCCACAGGUCAACGAGCCGGACGGUAUCUCGCUGAGCGACUGGGACAACGAGAAGGAGAUUGACGAGAUCGCUGCACAAUGCGGGCUUCAGAGGGUUGGCGUGAUCUUCACGGAUCUCCUGGAUGCGGACAAGGGCGAUGGCUCAGUCAUCUGCAAGCGUCACGCAGACUCAUACUUCUUCUCAUCGCUUGAGAUCACAUUCGCGGCACGAUACCAGGCAAAGUACCCUCGACCAUCAAAGUGGAGCGAAACAGGGCAGUUUGGGUCGAACUUCGUUACUUGCGUCAUCAGCGGUGAUGCAGAAGGGCAGAUUGGCAUCUCAUCGUACCAGGCGUCAAAUGCAGCAGUAGAGAUGGUACGCGCCGAUCUCAUCGAGCCCUCAGCUGAGCCAUCGGUCAUGCUGGUACAAGACGAGGACGACAACGAAACACUGAACCGAUCGCGAUACAUCCCCGAGGUCUUCUACCGACGGAUCAACGAGCACGGUGCCAACGUGCAGGAGAACGCCAAGCCGGACUUCCCUGUCGAAUACCUGCUCCUCACACUCACACACGGCUUUCCUACCCAGCCAAAUCCUCUGUUCACUGGCGGGAAGUUCCCGAUCGAGAACCGCGAAAUCAUGGGCGAGAUGGCUGAUGUCUCAGCACUGAGCAAGUCGCUCAACGCAAAGGCGAAUGGGCUUGCGCUCAACACGACGAGUGGCCUCAACGCUAUCUCCAACUUCCACCUCCUCUGCUUCAUUCGCAAUCUAGGCAUACUCUCAAAGGAUGAAGAGUCUCUACUCUUCAAGGUCGCGUCGACUCACGACGCAUCAGAAGGUUCAGCACUCCAGCACACAGGAGGCUGGGCGACGUUAUUAACGGUUCUCAAAGAAAGCGGUGAGCGCCCCCCUAAACGAUCUCAUUACACCUCGCAUUCGUCUUCUUCUGCUUCGCAUUCCGCCAUUAGGGGGGCGGCUCAUCGCAACAUUGCGCGACAGCCCUCCAAUGGCUCCGACUCCGAUUCUGUACAGCUGGCUAAGAGGUUGAAGGCUAGUGACUUGAGGGGAAAGCACGACAGCAAGCUGCUGCUCAAGCCAGCUCAUCCAAAGGUCCGUCCACAAAGCAGCAGCCGGACCGCCUGCAGCCAUGGGUCGAGAAAUAGUAUAGUCUCCGCAAAAUUGUCUCCGCGUGCUACGAAAGCUGACGGCCACAGCCGUCCCAAGACUCUCUCAGAAGUCACAGCACAAGACAACACUAUCCAGAUCCUCUCGCGCACGCUCCAAUCCUCCAAUCUCCCGCACAUGCUCUUCUACGGCCCUCCUGGCACAGGCAAGACGUCCACAAUUCUCGCUCUCGCGAAACAGCUCUACGGCCCUGAACUGUUGAAGUCGCGUGUCCUCGAACUCAACGCCUCCGAUGAGCGCGGCAUCAGCAUCGUGCGCCAGAAAGUCAAAGACUUUGCACGCCAGCAGCUCAGCACUGCGCCCACAUACAACGUUAUGACUGAAGACAAAGAUGGCGGUGAGGGUAAGAUGGUGCGGUAUCGAGACAAGUACCCAUGCCCGCCGUUCAAGAUCAUCGUGCUGGACGAGGCGGAUAGUAUGACACAGGAUGCGCAGUCCGCGCUGAGACGAACGAUGGAGACAUACAGCAGGAUGACGAGAUUCUGUCUGGUCUGUAACUACGUCACGCGAAUCAUCGAUCCGCUGGCGUCGAGGUGCAGUAAGUUCCGCUUCAAGAGCCUGGAUCAAGGGAACGCGGUCAAGCGCGUGGACGACAUUGCGAGGCUGGAAGGCGUGCCGCUCGACCAGGGCGUCAGCGAGGAGCUGGUCCGCGUCUCAGACGGCGAUCUAAGGAAAGCCAUCACUUUCCUCCAGUCCGCGGCCAGACUCGUAGGCGCUACACAGACUGCGAAAGAGUCGGGGAGGAAAGGCAAGCCGGUGAUUGAUAACGACGAGAUGGAUGUUGAUUCCGACGCAACGCUGGUCAACAAGCACACUGUCUCCCUGCAGGCCAUUGCGGAAAUCGCAGGCGUCAUUCCUGCCUCCACCCUCGACACGUUCUCCGACUCGCUGUUUCCCAUAAGCUCGAGCCGGAAUAUACGGUACAGUGAGAUUGCGAAGGUGGUGGAGAACAUGAUUGCAGAGGGGUGGAGCGCGAGCCAGACAGUUGGCCAGCUGUACGAGCAGGUCAUGUUCGAUGAGAGAGUGGAGGACGUCAAGAAGGUGCGAUUAGCAGGCGUGUUCAGCGAGACAGACAAGAGGCUUGUUGAUGGUGGAGACGAGCAUCUUGCAGUCCUGGACCUGGGGAUCAGGGUUGCUGGCGUAUUGUGCGGUGCUUGA